UAUCGCAACUUUCGUGUGAAUGAAAGUUUAAAACUUAAAGGGCUGCUUCUGUAAUCGGUUCCUAUGAAGAAUGGAAGGGGUCAUCUAAAUCCUGCAGUCCCUCCUCAAACAGGGAAAUGUGACCUUGAUUUGUGAGCAUGAAGUUUGGAGGUGGAGAUCAAGAGCUCUACAGGACUCCUCACUUUCACAGAGCGCAUGUGAUGCUACCGCUCAGUCCAACACAUCGCAAUCUUUCACUUUAGGCAACGCAGAUUGUUACUACGCUCUUCCUUUGUGUAUUUAAUCUAUCGCGAGGAAGCGUUUUUGCUCCAUAUUUUUCUGUCUUUCAUCACAUUUGGAUUCAUCAUGACUGGACUGAAGUUGAAAGGUGCACUGAUUUUGUGCGUCCUGUUACUGCCGUCCUCGCAACCGAAUAGCCAGGUGCUGGACUGUCGUGAAGUGCGCUCGUCGUUUCAGUUUUUGUACCCGGGAAUGAAAUGGACCCCAGAAAACCCAGUCUCAGGCUCAGAUCUGCAGGUGUGCCAGCCAAAAGGCCUAACUUGCUGUUCUCGUAAAAUGGAGGAGCGCUACCUGCUUGUUGCCAAACAGAACAUGGAGUCUAGCCUCCAGGCCACCAGCGCUCAGCUCAAAGUACUUAUCAUUCAAAACGCUGCUCUCUUUCAAGAGGCCUUUGACAUGGUGCUUCGUCUGGGUCGUAAUUCAACUCUGCUCAUGAUAAGAGAGGAGUUUCCUGGUUUGGGUGCUGGGGCCAGCGGAGCCAUCACACAGUUAUUCCUGGACAUGUCUCUUUACAUCCUGGGCUCGGACGCCAAUGUAAAUGACAUGGUCUCCACCUUCUUCUCUCACCUCUUUCCCCUCACCUACCGCCGUCUCCUUGGCAAUGGGGCGGUUGCGGGCAUCUCAGAGGAAUGCCUUCGAGGGGCAUGGCGUGGAACGUCUGCAUUUGGGUCUUUUCCCAAGAUGAUGAUGACCCGGCUUUCUCGCUCACUCCUGGCCACUCGGGUUUUCCUGCAAGCGCUGAACCUUGGCAUCGAAGUGGUGAACACGACCCAGCAUCUACGGGCAGGCAGGGACUGUGGGCGCUCACUGCUGAAGCUGUGGUACUGCCCACACUGUCAAGGGCUGCUGGAGGCCCGACCGUGUCACCCACUCUGUGUCAACAUCAUGGGGGCCUGUCUGGGGGGUGCGGCGGAGGUGCAGCCUCACUGGAGGGCAUAUGUGGAGGAACUGGGGUCACUUGCUGCUGCCAUGAGGGGUGAACAGGACAUCGAGGCUGUGGUGCUCAGACUACAUGUCAUUAUUAGACAGGCUCUGAAACAAGCUGUAGCAGCCAAAAGCAAACUCAGCGCACAGGUGAGCAGUAUAUGUGUGCACGCGCCCCCACGUGUGUCUCGAGCUGUGGCAUUGUCGACAGAACACACAUCUGCCUCAAAGCUACCCCACAGCCGUCCAGCAGUGAACUUUGACCCAGAUGAGACCCUCUUCGGACGACGCAGGGAGUUUAUCUCGGGUCUGAGAAGCUUCAGUCAGUUCUACAGUGGACUUGGAGAAGCUUUGUGCAGUAAAGAGCUGACAGCACUCAACAGCUCCCUCUGCUGGAACGGACAGGAGAUGACAGACAAGUUUUCUGGUCCUGGUCUGAAGAGAGUCCAUCCGCACGGUUCUGAAUCCAGACAAAAACCUCCCGAACCCGUCAUCAGCCAGAUCAACGACAAACUCAAACACAUCAAUCAGCUUUUGCGUAUGGUGACAUUGCCUGAGAAGCGAUGGAGGGCUCGACCAGGAGGGGGCCCUGCGAAAAAAGAUCCAGCCAGACAGGGCCAGGGAGAUGAGGAUGAGGAGGGUCUAGAGAGUGGGGACUGCGAUGAUGAAGAUGAGUGUACGGGUGUUUCCGGACUUGGGCCACCCCCGAGACGCAAACGUCUGCGCAUCUUUGCAGACUUGGCAGAUAAUUUGGCUAUUGAUGAUUUAACACUUCACGAGCUGCUCCUGACUCCUAGAUUGGCCACGGACGCACAUGCCGGAGCAUCUGUACCCGGAGCAGCACGGGUGGCAUAUGCUCCUUGUGGAACCUUCAUCUUUAACAUCAUUAUCUUCAUCCUGUUUGGCCUUCAGUGAUCAUCAAUCCACUCUGACUACCUUCAAACUUUGAUCAGAGUUUAAAGAGACGCUACUAAUGUCCAUGUGUACAUACAGUUCUAUGAUUUUGGCAAAGGACAGGAAUAUUUCCUCUUCUCAGUCUCAAGUCUUACCAUAUGAGCUUGUCAUUUUUAUAUUUUGUGUGGAUUCGAGGAUUUAAAUAUUAUCUCAAUGCCCAGACUAUGAAAUCUAAAUUCAUCUACAGCAUGAAGAGUACUACAUAUCCAUCUAAAAAUCAUGUUUUUUUACCCUCUGUGCUUUUACGCCACACAACAGCCAUGUGUUUUACAUUGAACAUUGCCUCCCCUCUGCUAUACACAUGCAGUUUUACACAAAGGCCAAAGCCUUCUGUAGUAAAAGGACCUAAAUCUCUUUUGAGAAGACAAAAAAAAAAAAGCUCAGCUUUUGUUAGUGAAUGGGCACACUUAAGGAGACAGAUCCGUGACUGACAGUCUGGGAAUACAUGUAAAUGCUCUAGUGGGCACAGACUAUCUCUGACUCCUUGACUUUUUCUUAUAUACUGUAGUGAGGGUCUCCUCUGCCACCCAUUUCCUGUGCAGUAAAUGACCCUUGGAGGAGAGGACAUCAAGGUAUUGGCAUGUCGUUGUGAAACCCUCUCCUUCCAGGAUGAUACAGCUGUACCUCAUUUGCAAAAAAAUGCUUUUAAAAUGUUUUAUUAGAAUACUGACUUUCCCUUUUCAGAAACUGUGGUAUUUUAUAUCUCUCUUUGAUUUUGUCACUUCCUUUGGCUGUUUAGCUCUACCUUUUCCUGUCUUUUCCUCUGUUCUUCUAUUAUAAUUGUGUGAUUAAAGCAUUCUCUUAAAUGGACUUCCUCUACAUUUCCUUUUUGUCCUUUUUUUAUUUUUUGCUUUGACUUCCCCCCUUUCACAGGUCACCAUAGCAUAUCCACCUAAGGAAAGGUGUGCCAUGUUGAUGGCUUGAUUGAUCUGUGCAUGUAACAUAUGUAAGGCCAUUUGUAAGGAUUUCUUUUUUUAUACAUCUUUGUUUACAAAGGGCUAAAAAUAUAAUUUUAGACCAGAGUGUUUUUGCUUAGAAAACCUGUUGUUUGCAAACACUGUUUUCCUGUCAUAACCUGUGAAGUUAUUUAUUAUUGAUCUUUGUUCAAUACUUAACAGCAUGUCAUUAUUCGUGAAGUGUGUUGUGGACAAAAGAGUGUCGUAAACAAGACAGUGCUAGAAUCUGCAGCUAGAGAUACAUCAAGGUAUCGACCAAACAUCUGUAUAGGCAAAAAAAAAAAAAAAAAAUAAUAAAAUUAUCUGCACUAUUGGACAUUGGCCAAAUGUUUAAAAACCGCCAAUGAUCAUGGCCAAUUAUAUUUUGUCAAAAGGGGAUGGAAAAACAAUUAGCCUGUAACUCAUGUUGUGUGUGAAAAAAGUCUCUUGUGUAGAAUUAUUUUAAAUUGGGUUACAAUGACAGCAGUUGCAAUUUGUAAGGUGUGCGCUGCUAGAAUUUCACGAGGUGGAACUACAGUUAUCAUUUUUAACACGAAUAAAGCAGCCUCCACUUUAGCUUCAUCAAACUGGUCAUAUUCAUUGCUGCUAAAAAGGAAAAGCUUCAUCAUUCAGAAUUCAGUCAAUGUGAGUUAAAAGGAUAGUUCACCUAACAAUUACAAUUCUCUGAUCAUUUACUCACACUUAUUCCAUCCCAGACGUGUAUGACUUUCUGUCUUCUACUGAACACAAACAUAGAUUUUUAGAUGAAUAUUUCAGCUCUGUAGGUCCUCAUUAUGCAAGAAAAUGUUACCAAAUUUUGAAGGUCCACAAAGCAUGUAAAGGCAGCGUAAAAGUAAUCCGUAAGACUCCAGUGUUUUAAUCCAUGUCUUCAGAAGUGAGAAACAGAUCAAUAUUUAAGUCCUUUUUUACUAUCAAUCUCCACAUUCACUUUCACAUUCUUCUUUUGUUUUUGGCAAUUCGCAGUAUUCGUGCAUAUCACCACCUACUGGGCAGGGAGAAGAAUUUAUGGUCAAAUCUGUUUCUCACCCACCCCUAUCAUAUUGCUGGCACACUUUUAUGCUGCCUUUGUGUGCUUUUCGGAGCUUCAAAAUAUUGGUACCCAUUCACUUGAAUUGUGAGGACCAAAAGAACUGAAAUAUUCUUCUAAAAAUCUUUGUGUUUAAGAGAAGAAAGCAAGCCACACACAUCUGGGAUUGCAUGAGAGUGAGUAAAUGAUGAAAGAAUUUUCAUUUUGGGGUGAACCAUCCCUUUAAGAAAAUUCAAAUAAAUAAGAAAUCUUACCAAUUUCAUGUGAGCCUAACAAAAGGCUAUUCAGUUUAAGAAUGUUAAUGUGAGUUAAUAUGCUUUUUGUUUCAGUGUUUUGUUUAUAACUUAGGCCAGUUACUCGGAAACAUGGAAGACAUGAAGAGACAGAGAAUAAAGUUGUUCUUUGAGUUUC